UGACAAAUGCUCAACAAUCCUCUCUCUGGGAGGGGGAGCAAAAAGAAUCAUAAAACCUGCUCGAAACGUAUCGACCAGCCCCAAAGAGAUAAAACUUGACACACUUUCACCGGCUCGGUACUUUCCAGUGGAACGACGUGUUUGUAAACAAUGAGCAACAAAUAUGAAAUCGGCCUCCAUGGUGCCUCACUUAACAUUGUGAGACAGUGUGGACCUGUUCUGAAAGAUGUACUUCAAUACAAAUUUGGCUGUGAGGUCCAAAUAGAUGGUGUGGAUUUUGAAAGUGAUCUGAGCGCUGGACAGCGGAAGAGGCCAACUGGCUCAGAGAAAAGGUUCUCUGUGCUGUUGCCUUCGGGCGUGAAGGUGUCUGUCUAUAAGGCUGACCUCACCUGUUUCCAAGGGGAUGCUGUUGUGAAUGCUGCUAAUGAACGUCUUAACCAUUGUGGUGGGCUCGCUCAAGCUCUGUCUAAGGCUGGUGGUCCUCAAAUCCAAACCGAAAGCGACGAUUACAUCAAGAAGUAUGGUUCAUUAAGAACAGGAGAGGCAGUUGUCACUGGUGCUGGGUCACUGCCCUGCCAGUGUAUAAUUCAUACUGUCGGCCCACAACUGUUUUCGAUGUAUGACCUACCAAAAUCUAAGCCACUGCUGGAGAAGGCCAUUACAAGUGUUCUCGACAAAGUUGGAGAACUUCAUCUGAAGAAUGUUGCCAUUCCUGCUGUGAGCUCUGGGAUCUUCAAAUACCCUUUGUCAGAGUGUGCAAACACCAUUGUGAGAACUGUGAAACAGUACUAUGGAAAUCCAUAUCUCAGAUUUUGCCCUGAAGAGAUACUCCUCAUGAACCAUGAUGAGCCUACUGUUAAAGAAAUGGAGAGAGCCUGUCAUGACAUAUUAGUUCAAAAGAAGGCAGAACCAAGACAAAGUCAGUGGGAUUCCAAAGGACAGCCAGUUCAUACAGUCCAACUAGGGAUUGUACACCUGAUACUGAGGAAGGGUAAAAUUGAAGAACAGAAGACUGACGUCAUAGUGAACACUGCAUCACCAGAACAAAGUCCGACCAGUGGAUCGAUCUCCAGGGCAUUAUUCCAACGAGCUGGUUAUCGGAUGCAAACUGAAUUAAGGAAUUCUCCUUCAAAUAAUAAUGUUGUCGUCACAAAACCAUACAAGCUGGACUGCAAACAGGUGUUUCACACGCACUGCAGCCACAAGUCAAGUAAAGAUGCAGAUAAGAUUUUCCACAAGGCCGUAAUGGAGUGCUUAUGGAUGGCAGCCUCAAAGCACUACAAAUCAAUCGCCUUCCCAGCCAUCGGCACCGGAAAUCUUGGGUUUUCUAAAGAAGAAGCUGCCAGAAUCAUGACUAAAGCAGUGAUUGAGUUCUCCCAAAAUUGCCAAAUGAAGAUGGAAGUUCACUUUGUCAUAUAUCCUGCUGACACAGAUACAUUUAAGGUAUUUGCAGCUCAAAUAGGAGCUUCCAGUGCCGAGGCAUCUCAUCCCAGCUCUUCACCUGCAGGAUUUGAGCACAUCUGUGACGUCCCAAGCAGCAGCGACAGUGCGAGUCCACAGAUCAGCCUGAGCAGCACAUGCGAGGAAACUAUACGUGAGGCAGAACGAUGGCUCAGUGAUCUUCUCUUCAACCCAUCUAACUGCUACAUCAUGUCCAACAACUUCAUCCAGCACUUUGGGGAGGAACGCUUCCAUCAGUUGUCCCGUCCCACCAAGAGAGACGUUUCCAUUGAGGAGUUUUUUAGGAAUGGCUGUGGAGGCGUAUGCAUUAAAGGAGGCUCAGGUGAAGAUGUUGCUGUGGUUGCGGUGCAGAUUGAGGCCAUGUUCUGUGAAGUACAGGAUGAGUUUGUCGAUGCCGAAGUCCGUGACAUGCAGGCAAAGUGUCUCUCAAAAGUGUCUUUUGAGAGAGAGACUGUUGGCUGCAACAGUUCGGAGUUCAAUGACAGAAGAUAUGCCUGGAGACAUGAACAUUUUCGCAUUUUGAAGGUGGAAAGAGUGGCUAACCCGACACUCGAGAAGACGUUUGACCUCAACAAAAAACGACUGAACUCCCGUGCGCCUCAAAAAAUGUAUCAACGCAUUCCAGCACAAUUCUGCAGACUGGUGUGCCAUAUUGGAUUCCAUGCGGAGUACGCACCACCUAACGAUCCAGCAUAUGGUGAAGGCAUCUAUUUUGCUGACAGCGUGAAAACAGCCAUGGAAUUGUGGCGUGAACCAGAUGAGGAGUAUCUGUACUUUGUGGAGGCUGACGUGCUGACAGGAAAGACGGUCCAGGGUAAACCAGGUCUCAUUGUGCCACCUGCAGUGGGAGAGGAUCCUUUCAUACUGUACGACAGCGUCAGCGGAGGAAUUGGUGUCGCCGUCAUAUUCAGUGGCUAUCAAGCUCUGCCCAAGUACAUAAUCACCUGCAAGAGGUUUUGAGUGGAAUUCAUUGUGCUCAUUUUCUACAUGUCUAUUAACGUUAUGAGUGCAGAAAGGUUCUGGAGAUAAUUGAAACAUAACGGUGCAUUCUUACUGCAGCCUUCAAACUAAUACACCAGAGACCGAGCUCCUUUCUGAUUUUCUUGAACCUCAACAUGGCUUGAGUGAAUUGUGGAAACUGUUCACGCUUUGUGAUUUUUGCAUUUUGAUUACAUUUUUUUUUUUUUUUUUUUUACUUCAGUACAGUGUGUACUGGAAUAACUGAAGUUAAGCAUGUGCCCUCUGAAGCUGAAGUAAGACUUGUUUGGAUAGUAGAAUAUGAGGUGACUAUAGCUCAGUCAGUAGGACUGAAAGGUCUUUGAACCAAACACGUGGGUUAAAGAUGCUGUGAAACAUAAUGGUGAGAAUAUAAUGUUAAAUACAGCAGGUGGAAAAACAUUUGUUUUUCAGAAGGUGAUGGGAAAUUAGGUUAACACAAGUCAAUAACAUAAACAGGAUUAUUAUUAUAAUACAGGAUCAUCUUUUCCUGCAGUUCUAUGUAUUUAUCAUUGUUUGUAGUUUAAAUCUUACUUUUUCCUGGAAUCCAACAACAGACUAAUAGUCUCGCUUUAAUGGAAAUGACUUGCGUUUCAUUUGACAAAUGUACAGAAAUGGAAAACAAAAUGGAAUAAACAAGACAUGGUUGUAAAAUAAACUAACAAAAAACAACUUGGUCUGAAUCA